AUGGAGACGUUGGGUAGGUUGAUCUUUGUUGCUAUGAGUGGAGGUUUGUUGUCAAGCUUCUUUGUGGGGACAAAAAUUGACAUCUCUCACCAUCUGUUUGCUAAUGAUACCUUGAUUUUUUUGUGGGACCACCCUAAUCAGCUUCAUAAUCUGUGGGGCUUAUUCUUCUGCUUUGAAGCUCUGUCGGGUUUGAAGGCAAAUUUAGCCAAGUUAGAAUUGGUUCCUGUUGAAAGCGUUGAUAAUGUGUUUGAGCUAGCUGGGAUUCUAGGCUGUGGGGCUGUGUCUUUGCCUUUGAAAUAUCUUAUUCAUCUGUUGGGGGCUUCCCAUAAGGCCAAGCAUAUUUGGGAUAAUGUUAUUGAGAAGAUAAAACAUCGAUUGGCUAGUUGGAAAAGGUUGUAUCUGUCUAACUGUGGUAUGCUUACCCUUAUCAGGAUCACCAUUUUCAAUUUACCUAUGUACUUUAUGUUCCUUUUUCCUAUCCCUACGGGUGUUGCAAACCAUAUUGAGAAGCUUCAACACGAUAUCUUAUGGGAAGGACUAGCUGAAGAGUUCAAAUACCACUUGGUGAUGGUCUACGAUGUGUUUGCCGAUCUCUAA